UAUUAAAGCAGGUUGGUGUACUAAAUAAUUUAGGAGGUUAUGAAAAAUUAUUGGAGGAUGUUGAUCAGCUACGUAUGUGGACUAAGAACUGACAAAUGCCUUCAAUCCAGGAUGAGAAACAUACAUGAGGGCUGCAAAUAAACUGCCAGCCGUAGUGUUCUUGCAGGUUUUCAGUAAGUACAGAUUAAGGACACAAAUUUUGUCCUUGGGAAUGCCCAGAUUGUGGACUGGCCUAUUGUGUACAGCAAUGAUGGAUUCUGCAAGCUGUCUGGAUAUCAUCGAGCGGAAGUUAUGCAGAAGAGUAGCACUUGCAGCUUCAUGUUUGGGGAAUUAACAGACAAAGAAACAACUGAAAAAGUGCAACAGACAUUUGAAAACUAUGAGAUCAACUCGUUUGAAAUCCUCAUGUAUAAAAAGAACAGGACACCAGUUUGGUUCUUUAUGAAGAUUGCUCCUAUCCGGAAUGAACAAGACAAAGUGGUAUUAUUUCUUUGCACCUUCAGUGAUAUCACAGCUUUCAAACAACCAAUUGAAGAUGAUUCAUCCAAAGGCUGGGGUAAAUUUGCUCGUCUGACAAGGGCACUCACAAGCAGCAGAGGUGUUCUACAACAACUUGCUCCCACUGUGCAUAAAGGAGAAAGUGUACACAAGCAUUCACGGCUGGCUGAGGUUUUGCAGCUUGGUUCUGAGAUUCUUCCACAGUACAAACAAGAAGCACCAAAGACUCCACCCCAUAUCAUCCUGCAUUACUGUGCAUUCAAAACUUCCUGGGAUUGGAUUAUCCUGAUCCUGACCUUCUACACUGCAAUCAUGGUUCCAUACAAUGUCUCCUUCAAGACCAAACAAAACAAUGUGACUUGGUUGGUGGUUGACAGCAUAGUCGAUGUAAUCUUUUUGGUAGACAUUGUCCUCAAUUUUCAUACCACUUUUGUUGGACCAGCAGGGGAAGUAAUUUCAGAUCCCAAACUCAUCCGCAUGAACUACUUGAAGACUUGGUUUGUAAUAGAUCUCCUCUCCUGUUUGCCAUAUGAUGUUAUCAACGCUUUUGAGAAUGUUGAUGAGGGUAUCAGCAGUCUCUUCAGCUCUCUGAAAGUUGUGAGGCUUCUUCGUUUAGGCCGAGUAGCACGAAAGUUGGACCAUUACAUUGAAUAUGGAGCAGCUGUGCUGGUGCUUCUUGUGUGUGUCUUUGGUCUUGCUGCUCAUUGGUUGGCUUGCAUCUGGUACAGCAUUGGGGAUUAUGAAGUGAUCGAUGAAGAAUUAAACAGAGUCAGAACUGAUAGCUGGCUAUAUCAGUUGGGAGAAACCAUAGGAAUGCCGUAUCAUUUUAAUACAAGUGGAACAGAAAAGUGGGAAGGCGGACCAAGUAAAGACUCUGUGUAUAUUGCCUCACUCUACUUCACAAUGACCAGCCUCACCAGUAUUGGGUUCGGUAACAUUGCUCCAACAACUGACGGCGAGAAGAUUUUUGCAGUGGCUAUGAUGAUGAUUGGUUCUCUCUUGUAUGCAACCAUAUUUGGUAAUGUGACAACGAUCUUCCAACAAAUGUAUGCUAACAGCAACAGAUACCACGAGAUGUUGAACUGCGUCCGAGACUUUUUGAAGCUUUAUCAGGUGCCCAAAGGCUUGAGUGAACGUGUCAUGGACUACAUUGUUUCAACUUGGUCAAUGUCAAAAGGAAUUGAUACUGAAAAGGUUCUAGAAAUAUGUCCUAAGGAUAUGCGUGCAGAUAUUUGUGUUCAUCUAAAUCGUAAAGUGUUCAAAGAGCAUCCUGCUUUUAGGCUCGCAAGUGACGGCUGUUUACGAGCUCUGGCAAUGGAGUUUCAGACCAUUCAUAGCGCUCCAGGAGAUUUAAUAUAUCACGCAGGCGAAAGUGUUGACAACCUUUGCUUUGUGGUUUCUGGGUCCUUGGAAGUAAUUCAAGAUGAUGAAGUUGUUGCUAUCCUAGGGAAAGGAGAUGUCUUUGGAGAUGUUUUCUGGAAGGAAAAUACCCUUGCUCAAUCAUGCGUCAAUGUCAGAGCCUUGACAUAUUGUGAUCUUCAUGUUAUCAAAAGAGAUGCCUUGCAGAAAGUUCUGGAAUUCUAUACAGCCUUUGCAAAUUCCUUUUCAAGGAACCUUAUAUUGACGUAUAAUCUUCGGAAAAGGAUUGUGUUCAGAAAGAUCAGUGAUGUGAAGCGUGAAGAAGAAGAAAGGAUGAGGAGAAAGAAUGAGGCACCCUUAAACCUACCUCCUGAUCAUCCAGUCCGCAGACUUUUCCAAAGGUUUAGACAGCAGAAAGAAGCACGCUUGGCAGCAGAGCGAUUAAAAGAAGCUGAGGAUGUGGAGAAAGGUCCUUCACAAUUACAAAGCCCUGUGAUGGACGUAGCAGCAACAACCAGUGUAGUUACAGUUACAGAAAGUCCUGCAACUCCAAUCCCUUCACAAGUGGUAAGAGCGUCAACAGAGACAUCAGACCAAGAUAAGUUGCAAGCUCCAACAUCUGAGCAAUUUGCAACUGCAAGGCAAUCUGGUGAGUCCACUAAGCGCAAGGAUUCGUCAAAGUAUAAAGACUCUGCUUCCAAAGCAGAAGACUGGAAUAAAGUGUCCAAGGCAGAAUCCAUGGAAACUUUGCCAGAACGAACUAAAGCACAUGAAGAGAUGUCUCUGAGAAAAACAGACUCAUUUGACAGUGGCAUCACAAAGAGUGAUUUGAGAUUAGACAAUGCAGGGGAAACACGGAGCCCUCAGGACAGAAGCCCUGUGCUUACAGAGGCAAAGCAUACUUUUUGUCCAAUUCCUGAACAAACUCUUCAAGCCACCAUACUGGAAGUAAAGAAUGAGCUGAAACAAGAUAUCAAAUCACUUAAUAACAAGAUCACUAACAUUGAAAAACAACUUUCAGAAAUACUGAGAAUAUUAAAUGCAAGGUCCACACAUUCACCACAGGAAGUAUUUGAAAUAUCGAGACCAACAACCCCAGAGUCUGAGAAGGAAGAUCAGCAGUUCUAACUGAAACGGUCUUUACAUUAAUACAAAAUAAAUUACAAUGAGAAAAUACAGGUGAAAAUUUACUUUGCUUGACAAUGGAAUGGUGGGGUGUAAUCUUGUUUAUUCAUGACUUUCCUGGGAAGCAUACAUAAAAAGGUGUAUGAUUGCCACAUUUACAGAAUGAAGACUAAAAAUACUACAGAUUUUGCCGAUUUGCUGGUGAAUAUAUGAUGAUCAGUUUAAAAGUGAUGAAAUUAUGAAUACACAAUCUAAAAUAUCUUUGACAUGCUGGCUUUUUACAUCUUAUCACAAAAGUUUUCUGACACCACAGCUGGAAUUUUUCCUUCUGAAGCGACCAAUUUAUACCAGAUGAUUCCAAAGAUGCAGGGGUUCUCCGGUAUCUUAUAUCCUAUGGCUAUUCUUAAUGUAUGGUUCUUGGAUAGUCAAUACUCUUAAAUAUGGAGCUUCAGUACUGAGACCCCUUUAUACUCAUUGGGUAUACUAAGAAAUUUUAUUCAUCAGGGCAGUGAACCUUGGAUAAUUUUUCAUUCUCCAGUAAAGAUGCUGCAAUAAUUUGAAACAUCUAAACAAUUUCAUAACGGAUACUGGCAGAUUAAUGUCUGUAGCCCAAAUUCUCGCAUCAGUGUUACUAAACAUGAUAACCUUUACAUUAAGCAGUUCAUAUCAAACUUUUAUCUUAAUGACUUAUCCACCUCUGUCACUCUGUGGAACUAGACAUUGUUAUUGAAAUACAAAAGGAAUUAUUAUUAUGAAUUCAUUGUUGAGGUCUUACGAGCAGUGGAAGAAUUUAUUAGAUUAUACAAGUUCGAAGAGACAAAUCCUAAAUAUAAAGUUUCCCAAAAAUAAUCCUCAAACACCUCCACUAAUUAAAGUAACUAAUAUAGUUACAUACACUAUCUUAAAAGUUGCCAUGGAAUCCAAAUGUUUUUGCAGCAUCCUGGAUGAUCCUGCUGACAGCAAAAAUUAAUUACAAAAGUACAAAAAUUAAGUAUCCUCUUGCACCAUGAAGUUGAAUGCAACAAUUUAAAAUUUAAGUGUUGAUAAUUUGCAAAAAUGAGCUUGGAGAAAUUAUUCAAUAAACAACUGAUUUUCCCAAGAAUCUACUGCAAUGACUCGUAUGCUGACCUGAAUGUGCCGAAAUAAGAUAUUCUUCAACAGUAAGGAUUACAGAGCAUCCUACACCUGAAAGACAAAAUUGAAGCAGGCCUACAUAAUCCAAUUUAGCGAGAAGGCUGAUCCUAGAGUAAGAGGGAACAAUAAAAAAAAUUAUAAAAUAAUUUUCUUUGAAUGCUGCAAGUAAUGAAUCUAGUUUCAGUUUUGUUCAUGAUAUUUAGAACUCUUUAAAAUAUUUAUACUGUUCCAACUAAGGUAAAUGGUGGUUCUGCACAAUAUUUAAUUCUUCCCAGAGUAUCGAUAAUAGAUAAUUUCAAAUGAGUAGAAUGUAGAAAGGGUGGUUGAACAGGAUUGAAUAGUAUAUGUAAUAAAACUUCUAAUUAAACUUGAACUUAUGUUUACAUUCGUCAAAUAAAAGUUAAAUUAUCAAAAGAUAGCAACUGAGAUCAUACCCAAGUCUUUGUUAAACUAAUUGCAUUUAUUUCCAAGUAACUUUUCCACAAUAAUCUUUAUUCUUUAGCUUAAGAUAAAUCAAUAGAUGCUACCAUAUUAUAUAAUCGAGACUGCAAAGGAGGUAUUUUAAAAACAUGCUUUAAUUAUUACAGUGUAUAUUUUAAUAGUUUAGCAGAGCACAUUGCUUCAACUGCCUGACAUUCUACAUAAGAAUUUUGAUUUCCAAAGAACCUUAUAUUGCUUUUAAGUAGGCAGAAGAAUGAAUUGAUACAAGUUUCUAAUCAUUCUGUUUUAUUCUUGCUGCUGUAAACCUUUUUAUUGUAUUGCAUCAGAAAAAGUGUACACAUAGUAAAUGAGCAAU